AUGUCGGGCGCCGACGCCCCUGAAAUCCUCGCCGCGUACGACGCCGUCCGCUCCGACAAGGACGCGACCAACUGGCUUCUGAUCUCCUACGCAGCACCAACCGGCAACCAACUCGUGCUAAGCAAGACCGGCACAGGCGGGCUGGCCGAGCUCGCCGCGGAGCUGGACGAUUCCCAAGUGCAAUACGCCUACGUGCGGGUCGAGUACGCCAACGACGCCGAGAGCAAACGCGUGAAGUUCUGUCUGGUGGUUUGGAUUGGGGAACACACGAAAGUGAUGAGGAAGGCGAGGGUUAGUAUUGAGGCCGGGGCGGUCAAGAAGGUGCUCGCGCAUUAUAGUGUGCAGGUGGAUGCUGGGGAGAGGAGGGAUUUGGAUGAGGGGGAGAUUAUCAAGAGGUUGAGGAAGGCGGGCGGGGCGGAUUAUAAUGGUGGUCGGGGGUGA